UCGCGUAAUGGCGGACGCGGGCCGGGCGAGCGCGGCUGGGGGCGUAGUGCGCUGAGGGGGGUCUGGCUGGGUGGCGCCCAGGGAGGCGGCCAGCGGGAACAGACCCCGUGCGGAGAAGGUCGGCUGGCCGGCCUUUCUGUUGCUGAGGGCGACCGCGCGACGCCAGGUUGUUUUUCAUCAUUCAGAACAUUGCCUGAAGCAGGUCCACCAUGCCGUUAGUAACGAGGAACAUCGAGCCAAGGCACCUGUGCCGUCAGACGUUGCCUAGCGUUAGAAGCGAGCUGGAAUGCGUGACCAACAUCACCCUGGCAAAUGUCAUCCGACAGCUGGGCAGCCUGAGUAAAUAUGCAGAGGACAUUGUUGGAGAGCUCUUUACUCAGGCAAAUACCUUUGCCUCUCGGGUAAGCUCCCUUGCCGAGAGGGUCGACCGCCUACAAGUUAAAGUCACUCAGCUGGAUCCCAAGGAAGAAGAAGUGUCACUGCAAGGAAUCAACACCCGAAAGGCCUUCCGAAGCUCUACCAUUCAAGACCAGAAGCUUUUCGACAGAAACUCUCUCCCAGUACCUGUCUUAGAAACAUAUAACACCUGUGAUACUCCUCCACCUCUCAACAAUCUAACCCCUUACAGGGACGAUGGGAAAGAGGCACUCAAAUUCUACACAGACCCUUCGUACUUCUUUGAUCUUUGGAAGGAGAAGAUGCUGCAGGACACCAAGGAUAUCAUGAAAGAGAAGAGAAAGCAUAGGAAAGAAAAGAAAGAUAAUCCAAAUCGAGGGAAUGUAAAUCCACGUAAAAUCAAGACACGUAAGGAAGAGUGGGAGAAGAUGAAGAUGGGACAAGAAUUUGUGGAAUCCAAAGAAAAGCUGGGGCCUUCUGGAUAUCCGCCCAUCUUGGUGUACCAGAAUGGCAGUAUUGGCUCUGUUGAAAAUAUGGAUGGAAGCAGCUACCCACCACCACCGCAGUCAGAUUCCACUUCUCCACCUUCUCCUUCCUUCUCGGAGGACAGCUUGCCUCCCCCACCUGCAGAAUUCAGCUGCCCUGCAGACAGCAGCCAAAGAGGGCCCGGCUUAGCUGGACCCAAAAGAUCCAGUGUGGUGAGCCCAAGCCACCCACCACCGGCGCCUCCUCUGGGCUGUCCUCCAGGCUCCAAACCGGGGUUUGCUCCACCCCCUGCUCCUCCACCUCCACCUCCGGUGCUGGGCGUUCCACCCCCGCCCCCGCCUGGAGGAUUUGGGUCUCCGGGGACCCCACCACCACCUUCACCCCCAUCUUUCCCUCCUCACCCCAAUUUUACUGCCCCUCCGCCGCCUCCCCCACCACCUACAGCUGACUACCCGACUCUGCCACCACCUCCCUUGUCCCAACCAGCGAUAGGCGCACCUCCUCCUCCCCCUCCUCCCCCUCCUCCGGGGCCACCUCCUCUCCCUUUUAGUGAUGUGGAUGACCAGCCUGUUGCACCACCACCUCUUGCCGAUGCCACCAAGCCUAAGUCCUCCUUGCCUCCUGUGAGCGAUGCCCGCAGUGACUUACUUUCAGCCAUACGUCAAGGCUUUCAGCUGCGCAAGGUGGAGGAGCAGCAGGAACAAGAGAAGCGGGAUGUUGUGGGCAACGACGUGGCCACCAUCUUGUCGCGUCGAAUUGCUGUGGAGUACAGUGACUCAGAAGAUGAUUCCUCAGAGUUUGAUGAGGACGACUGGUCGGAUUAACUCUUUCUGCCUGCUCUCCCACCUCCUUUUUCUUUCCUCCUGCUGCCUUCUUUGAUGCCUAUCCCAACAGUCCAGUGGGGGGAAAGAGGGAAGAAAAAAGAAUUUCAAGGGGCCAAAGCCUUUCCUGAAGCAACCAAAGAUAUAUCCAAGUGCUUCCUCCAAAUCAACGUAUAUUUUCCUGUCUCCCCGUAGUCAGGUCCCGUGGGGCUCCUGAGAUUCAGUACCUGAGAUGUUCCCUCUUCCCUUCAAGUGACUGUUGCAUACUGAAAAGAAGGAAAAACUCCAGAGCAGAUCCCUUUGAUUGGGUUUAGAUUGGAUUUGGUGCCUUCCCCUAGGAGCCACUUUCAACUGUGGUCUUCUUCCAAAAUCCUUACCCUUUGAAAAAUGGGAGCCAUCUUCUCGUCCUAAAGCCUGCGUGGACAUGGCCAGCCCCUUUUCCCAUGCACUGAGAGGGCAGAGCAGGCCACACGGCCUAGCAGCCAGACUGCUACACCUUUUUGCCCUGGUCAGCAGGGUGAGCUGCCAUUUGCUAAGCUAUCUCUAUGUCUGGAUGCCCUUUACUAGGAGCCAUCAGGCCCUAAGGAGCGUCUCCCCAUCUGCCCAGAAAUUGUGCCUUCCUGAAGGCUGAACUUGUUGCCUCCCUCCCAAGCUCCCUGUCCAGAGUGUGGUGUUCAGGUGUCCCUUAAAUGUCCCUCCCUCACUACCAGGUGCUUUAGGCACCACAGCCCAGUUCAGACCUCUAAUAUCCAUGACCAAAUUAGCCCCAACACGCUGGGGUCUCGACCUCUGCUAGCUUAGAGACUCCGAACUGCAGGACUGGAAGAAUGGUAAACAACUUGAAACCUCCCCUCUCAAUGAUGCUGAAAUCUGGACAUGGGAAAUGACUUGCUCCAGGUCACACAGUUGAAUGGUGACAAACCUGGAGCCCAGAGUUCCUCAUUCCAAGUCACCUGUGCCUUCUGGAACCAAGUCGUGGGCACUUGCUGGAGUCUAGACCUCACCAUAGGUGGGGGUCCCAGUAGGGGGCCUCAGAGCCCGUGCCCGGCCUGUCAGUGCUGCUCAGACCCUUACAGGCUGUCUUAUAAUUCUUUGCUCCCCCUUUACUGUCACCGCUGAACCACAUGGCCUUGGGAGCUACCCUUCUGGGAGACCAGGGGUAGUGAGAGAAGGAAGGGGGUAGGCAGCUUUGACAGGUGUUGUUUUCAAUUCCUCUGCAACUCGUCCCCUUUUUAUUUCCCCAAUUUAAGCAUAGGUUCUGCCAGCUGUAGAAACUUCAGUCCCUCAGGCUGGCGGCUGCCGCAGGUAGCUGCCUAGGGGGGCCUGGCAGCCGUGAGGAGGGCUGAAAGGCAGAGGGGCUCUGGGUCUUGUUUCCAGCUCUCUCCUCACUGCGUGCAGUGAUGUUCCCUCCCUCGCUCCCCCUCUUUCCCGAGCUAAUACACAGGUGCUAUUAUUCAGAAAAAAAACUGGUCAGCUUUGGCCAACAGUGAGGUUUCUUCUCUUCUGCCCUAACUAUUGUGUAGCCUCUUAUGCUGAAACCAGCUUCUCCUGGCUUCUCCAGCCUUCAGAGCCCUGAAACAAAGAGAAACAGGAUCUGUCUCUACCCAGCACAGCAAAUGGUUGUAGUAAUUGCCAAAGCCCUCCUAAACCCCUCCGGCUUGAGGAGUGUGUGUAAUCACCGGCACUGCCGCCGUGCCCUGGCUGGAUGCUCCCCUCUGCCUUCUUUCCUUGAACUCUGGUGUGGUGACGGAGCCAGUAGGGACCAGCAUGCCCUCCUGCUAGGGCGGCUCCAGAAUAUAGCCUCCUCCCCCUCCCCAGAUCAGGUGUCUGUGUCACAGGGCUGGUGCCGUGCUACAGGGCUGAGCGGACCUAGCUGCGUGUGCCCCUGCCUUGCCUCCCUCCUUGCACUUUGGGAAGCUGAAGGUGCUUUCUUCAGAACCCUAAAAUGGCUGUUGAAGGUGCCCCUGGCUGCAGCCCAGCAGUGGCUGGAGGGGCAGGUAGAGGGCAGUGGUUCUCCCAAAUAGGAGUCCUGGGGCCUGGCCAGGCCAGGGUUUGGGCCUAAUGGCUUUGACUAAAUUACCCCCAUCCCCCUCCUUUCCGGAAAAGGGGGAGCCAGCGCCACUUGCUAUCAUUCUGCUCUGACCUUGAAGGGGGCGGUGUUGGCCUGCCUUCUGGAAUGGACACAGUCCGCCCUGUAAAGGGCUGGGGGCAGGAGCGGGGGUGGGGGUGAAGGGGGGGCACUGCCUGCGGAAGGUAGGAUUAGAUCAUUAGCUCAGUGACCUCCUAGGGUUUCGAUGUGCUGUGUUCUCAUCCUACAGCUGGUUUGGUAAUGAUCUGCAAGUCCCGGAGAGCAACAGCACAGCUCUGCCUGACGCUCUCAUUAAAAUCUAUGCAGCCAAGCUCGGUGCUUUGUAGCAGCCGGCCUUGCGAAGCCUCCUCAGCUCUGGGGGCUGGGGACCCAGUCAGCCGAGAGGCCCUCUGGGCUCUAUUUAUGCAUAUGUGCACCCCCCCACCCAAAAAAACCCCAACUUCUUUAAACCCAGAGCCCUUUAAGAUGAUAAAGGACCCUAUGCAGGUAAUUGCGUGUCUUUGGAAUCCUGUAAUUGUAGAAUGCAAAGUUUAGUGAUUAUUUAAACUGGGCCAAGGCUGGUAAGGGUAUGGAGCAACGGCUCAUAAGGACUCUUAAGCUCUGAAGCCAAGGAGCCGUCUCCUCUCCCUGGCCCGCCCAGCCCAGGGGACCUGCCCCCAUUCCUGUGGCCCAGGGACCCAGCUUCCACUCGGCAGUGUCAGAAGUGACUUGUGGCUUUGCCGUGGUUGUGAGAUGACUACAUUCCAAAGGAGCAGCUCCGGGGAGGGGGCAGGCUCUGCAGUCCCUUGGAGGGCUCCGAGCAGCUGGCCCGAGCUCCAGCUCGCCUCCAGCGGAAGCUCAAGCGCCCUCAGAAACGACCCUGGCCAAUGUCACCGCAGAGCUGAGGCGGUGUUGUCAGGGCUAAUGUGAAAUCUCUUCCCGUGGCGCCGAUCCUCUGGCUCUGCAGCGCCAGCUUGGACAGAUUGAGGUCUCUGUGGCUUUGGUGACCCUGCUUAAGCAUUCCCACCGUGUCCCAGCUUGGCUCUCCGCCUGCCUCCCUCUGCAGCCCCCCUCACCUGACCUCGGGGCCUGGGGAGGGGGCCGGUGCCCCAGGGCGAGGGGCUCUUGCUCCAGAGAAGUGUCAGGCUUCCUGGGGGCAUGAGGCUUUGAGCUCUGCUGGGGUCCAGCAUACCUGGGACCAGGUUUUGCCAGGAGAUUGUGCCUCAUAUUGUGUCUCAGUGAGGGCUAGGGAACAAUUCUGUUAUUGUAUUAACUUGACUCAGUUAACUCACUUGAGAAACUAACCAAUUUUUACUUUCUGUCUAGAACGAUGUACAUGUAGGAGAGUGAGCUGUAAUGCUCCCAAAGUGCCUUGUUUUCUCUGAUAUAAAUAUAUUUAUAAGUACCUAUUCCAGUGGAUUCUUGGUUAUGUUUGCCACAUCGAUUUUAGGGAGUGGGCCUAUUACAUAGCAGAGGAAUGGUCUGGAAAUGGGUCCCUUUCCCCUGAGAGUGGGAAAGGAGAUUCAGUUAGAGACCUGUGAGGGUGGGGUUAAACCACCCCCCCACCCCCCACGGUGACCCUUUCCUCUUCCCCCUACUCCUCCUCUUAGGCCCUUAGGAGGAUGUCCAGUUUCUUAAAGCCCUGUGGCUCCAAGCCUGGUCUCAUUUGUUGCCAGGUUCAUGUGUGGACCACAUUAGCACCCCGUGACCUGAGGACUCCAUGUAAUGAUUUUAUGUAUACGUGCGAAUAUGUAAAUGCCAACAUUUUAAAUAAUUUGAUAAAGUCUUUGUAGCUACUGA